CCGGGAUUCCGAUUCACUAAAUAACAGGCACGCGAGUUUUUAGCUUGGAGGCUUUUGUCAGGGAUCUUUAUCCGGUAACGGCGCAAAGUAUAUUAUAUGGACAACAGACCGGCCUCGGAGUACGCGCAGUCAGACCAGGCAUCUGCUGCUGCUACUGCUCAAUACACGCCUCAGCCUGAGGUGCGCCCCAAUCCUCAAUACACACCGCAACCCGAGGUUCGCCCCGCCGCCAAUAUUUCCUCUUCCAACACGCCGCAGUCAGAUUACGGUCUGAAUCAGCCUCCGCCAGCCGCGCGCUCUCCAGCUUACCCUGAUUACCUCGCCCGCCCGCCCCAGUACCAUCACGCGCCGAACACACAGGCCGGUGGUGCGGCAGGUAUGGCUCAAGCAACAAAUCCCUCAAUCGCGGCCUCUAGCCCCACCUAUCCUCCUCCCUACUCGCCUUAUCAGCCGCAGGGUCAUGAAAUGGCCCAGUAUCAAGGUCACCCUCCUCCGCCGCCUCCACAAAUGUAUGCGCGUCCAGAUUGGUCGCAUGGGUAUGGUCAACAUCAGCACGGUCUGCCUGGACCUUAUACCACUCCUGCCACAACGGUUGGUCCCGCCUCCCCUGCUGCGACCGCAGGGCCGCGCCCUGGCCAGGUCUACUCAUUCGUUCCGAUUCCCGGCGCGCAACAGCAUAAGCGGCCCCGUCGUCGGUAUGAGGAAAUUGAGCGUAUGUACAAGUGUGGAUGGAAUGGCUGUGAAAAGGCAUAUGGUACACUGAACCACCUGAACGCGCACGUUACCAUGCAGUCCCAUGGAGCCAAGCGAACUCCUGAAGAAUUCAAGGAAAUUCGCAAAGAGUGGAAGGCUCGCAAGAAGGAGGAAGAAGCUCAGCGCAAGGCUGCCGAGGAACGUGAGCGUGCUGCUGCUGCCCAGGCUGCGCAAGCCAACCAGGUUGAUGCCCCUGGCCCUGGCGAUCCGGGGCAGCCCGGUCAGCCUCCUGCCUACCCUGGCAGUGUCCGUCCUCAACUGCCCCCGAUCGGGUACCAGCCCGCUGACGGCCAGGUGCCUGGUCAGUACGGAGCUCCUGGCGGUGGCAUGGUGUAUCAGGGCAAUGGACAGAUGGCCUAUCCGCCAAACUACCCUCACUCGCCUUAUGGCCAGAGCGGUCAAGUAUAUCAGCAACAAAACCAAUCGACCAGCUACCCGCAAUAGAUAUCCAACUUCCCUCUCUUCUCUCAGCUUGAAUAUUCUAAUAACAAAUUCUCCUAAUCGUGUAUCGCCACCCCCGGAUCUAAUUCUUUAAAGUCUUGCGCACAUGAUACCAUUUCCUGGCCUUUAUUGCUCCAGUCAAAAAGAGUGGCCAUGCGACUUACGCUUCUGUCCCAGUUAUGUUUUUUUGAAUUAGAUCGCUUGACAAAAGGAAGAGAAUCUCCUUUAUCGGGAAAUCCCAUCUUUGUUUCCCCCUUGCGAAUACCGGCUAUAGGACUGUGAUUUGAGAUGUCUGGCGGGGCAAUCUGCAUUAGCUGAUGUUUUCUUUUUCUUUUCUUGUCUUGUCUUCUUCCCGUUUACCUUCACACGUUUUAUUCCCUGUGGAUUAUGCAGAUCAUGUUUCUAUUGAAUUCACCUUUCUUAUGUAUGUGAAUUAUUUGUUAUGGCCCUUGCUUUCGUCUUCGACUGUCCCUGCUUCGGCCAAAUUUAUGUUACCCUGGGUUUUGGUCCCCGAAACUGUGCAUUAUUUUCUAUGGUCCAUGGCCUUUGUCCAUCUAUUCGUCAGGUCAUGGACUGGUGGAUACAGUUUUCCACACAACUCGGAACUUUCUCCUCUUUCGCAUUUCUUAUGAACUUCUGAAUACCUACGAUACAUUUCAAUAAUUGUGGACAUAUUUGCACGGAAAGUGCGCCAUCAGAUCCGC